AUGGCAGACGAGGACUCCACGGGCCGCUUCGGGCUCGAUGAGCCCGUCUUUGGCUUCAUGGGCGAUGCCACGGCCGGCCCCGACACCAACUCAGAUUCCACCAACGCCCAAACCGACGCCGGCACCCAGCCCUUCUUUGGCACCUCCUCCACGUGGGACUUCCAAGUCACCCCUCCCUUCGACACUUUCGACGUCACCUCUGCCGGCACCGCCGCUCCGAUCCAGGCUUCCGCCCUGCCUACAACCUGGCCGCUACAGACCUACGACCAGCCCCAGGCUUUCUCGCAGCCCCAACCCCUGUCGAACUCGUCCCCUUCCUUCGACGGCUUCCCGCCGCCCAGCAACUUGACACCGACACCUGUGUAUGCCCCGCAAGGCAAGAUUCCUGCCACCACGCAUGCGCAGGCCCGUUCCUUGACUGCCAUGUCGCAUGAGGAGCUUCGACACAUUGCCAUGCCCCCUCACCUCCAGUACAACUCACCAAAGAGCGCCUCUAGCCCCGAGUCGGCUAGGAGCGACCUCAAGCACGGAGCGAGCUCCUCGCCGGAAGUGACCGGCCAGCUAGGCAGGACAGACACGAGGAAGCGCAAGAUGUCCGACGACCUGGACGACGAUGACGACAUGGACGAGGAGGAGAAACCGGUCAAGAAGACGGCGCACAACAUGAUUGAGAAGCGCUACCGCACCAACAUCAAUGACAAGAUUGCGGCGCUGCGCGACAGUGUCCCGAGUCUGAGAAUCAUGUCCAAGAGCGCCAGAGGCGAGGACACGACCGAGGACCGCGAAGAACUGCAUGGUCUGACGCCUGCCCACAAGCUCAACAAGGCCACGGUGCUGAGCAAGGCGACUGAGUACAUUCGCCAUCUCGAAAAGAGGAAUAGCCGGCUCUUGGACGAGAACACGGCCAUGAAGGAAAGGAUAGCCGCGUUUGAGAAACUAUUCAUGGCCGGCGCCAUGAACGGCUCCAUGAGCCCGAUGCAGCACCCACCGACACCGAUGCAGUACCCGCAGGACGGUCGGCAGCAAUAUUCAAACUCUCCCAUGGGCACGCCCCAGGACGGAGGCGCCAACCCAGCGGGCAUGAUCAAUGUGCCAGAUGAUAUGAAGCGCAUCAUCUCCGCCCAGAUGGCAGUGGGUCAACCGUAUCCCGUGCCUCAGCAGCCGUUCCGCCCUGGAAACCCCGCCGUCUUGCGGCAGCAACAAAUCCAGCAGCAGCAGCAGCAAAUGCAGCAGAACGGAUGGAUCAACAACGCGAACCCGUAUUUCGGCAAGCUCAUGGUCGGAUCUCUUGCGGGUCUCAUGAUCCUCGAGGCCGUCCGGGAGAACGAAAUGAGCAAUGAGCGGCCCGAAGGCCGAGGGCUUUCCGCCUUGCCGAUUGAGCUGCUCGGCCAGCUGUCAACGACGCUCGAUCUGCGCAUCAUGGGAUACCAUGUGCACACGUCGCUCAAGCUGCUGCUAUUUCUCUGCAUCGCGCUUUGGGUUUUCGUGCCCUCUCUCUUCGCCACCCCGCCGGACAAGCUCAAGAAGCAGCAAGCUGCAGCGCUCGAGCGGGCACCGUCGUUGGCAUCGUCGAUUGAUGUGCGCCGCCAGGCCUGGCUCACUGCUAUCCAGACAGUCUGGGUACCUCGACACAACUUUUUCCUGGAAGCGGCUGCUCUCAUGCUCAAGACUGUGAAGCUUAGCCUGCGCAACACCAUCGGUGUUCAUGGUUACCAAAUGCUGACGGGGCUCACGGAAGAGCAAGAGACGGCUCGUGUCAAGGCUUGGUCCAUUGCCUUGGAUUCUCAGCUCGCCGGCGGCGACAUGGAUGUCUGCAAGAGCCGGUUGGUUCUGACUCUCUUGGCCUCUGGGACACUCCCUGAUACGCCGAUGCGACUGAUGCUCAAGGCGCUUCACAUUCGCGUGCUUCUGUGGAACGUCAGCAGCGGCUGGCAACUUGGGGCCGUCAACGUCAUCGCUGCAAAGCUGGCUCGCAAGCGCUGGAACGAAGCUCGCCAGCUCAACAGACUGCUCAUCCAGUUGCGCCGAGGCUCAGCGAAGCCGCACGACGAAGAACUGCCAGAGCACCUUCAUGCCCUGGUGGAGCAGGACUGCGAUCUCGUCUUGACUCCUGCUGUCGUCCAGCGAGCGCACAAUUUGGCCUUCAACCUGGACACAGCGGACGGUGUUGACGAGCAGAUCGACGGCAUGGAUUCUGUGGUCGAAGACACGGCAGUGGGAUCACCACUCGACGCUGUGGCAGCUUGGUGGUCAACCGAGACGCUGCAUCGCGUACUGACAUCCACACUUGUUGACCAGGCCGAAAAUCAACUUGACCGCGCUGAGCGUAUCGAAGCCGCUAUCAAGGCUGCGCCAAGCGGUACGAUAGCACAUGUGCGCGGCCGCGUUGCCCGCGCUGUGCUUGUCAAGGAUUCUCGCGCCGAACAUAUCCGUGCCGCCUGUCAGGCGAUGCAGGCCGACAGGAUCGGAAGCCAUCUGAAUAAUUCGACACUAAUGGUCGGCCCUACACCGCACUCUUCGGACCGCGACCUGCGACUCGCCGUCCACUGCGCCAAGACGAUCGCGCGCCUGGAAGACAAGGAGGCGGCGAACAGCGUGGAGGCGCGGAGCCUCAACUUCAUCAACGCCCUCACGCGCCCAGAGUACAUGUCGUCGAUGACACUCUUGGGAUUCACGUCAUUCAUGGAGCUGAUGAAGCGGCUGACCGAGUACGAUGCCGCCGAGGAAGACUUUGAAGGGCCGCUCUCGAAGCUGUCGAGCAAUCUCCGCCUCUGGAUGGGCAAGCCCUACGCCAGCAAAUGCGGAGUCAACUCAGAGCUGCGGGACAGCGUCGUCGAGCGGUGCUUGGCGGCGACCAAGGCUCUGGCAGGAUCGGAACGCGACACAGGAUACGGCAGCCUGAGCGACGCCGAAGGGGCCGAGGCCUAA